GUGGAGGCAUUGGAUGGACUCUUCUCAACAAUGACACUCGAAGAUACAACUGUGGAAGAGGCAGAACCUGGUGGUCCAGAACUCACCUUAAUGAGAUCACCAUUUGCCCAUGAAGACUGAUUGGUAAUCUGUUGUGGGGCCAAGUUUCAAUUGAUGAUUGCUGGUCUGCUGGUUUACAUCGAUUGGAAUGAGGGUCAGGGGUG